CCUCUUCUUAUACUCCACAACGAUGGCCAAACGCCGAUCGAAUGCUAUAGAGAGCGAUGGCGAAGCAGAGCAACAGGAGGCCCAGGCUGGGUCUUCCAAGCGCGCCAGAUUUAACGAGCAGGCUAACGAGCGCAUCACUUAUGCUGCCCCAGCUGGUGAGAGCUCGAAAUCGAAGAAAAAACGCGCGAAAAAGGGUGGGGAUGCAGAUGGGAUAGACGACGAAGACGCCGAACCAGUCACCUUGGACGACCUUCAUGAGUCUCAGCAAGCUGAGGAUGAUUUGACCACUACCGACCGUUUCGAGCAGGAGCAUGAGGAGGCUAUCCGUCAAUCCAUCCGCAACAGGGAGCAUCUUAGCGGCGGCAUAGCCCAGUUUGGAAUUAUCGAGUCCGUCGAGAUGCACCAGUUCAUGUGCCAUAAGUUCCUCUCCUUCAAGUUCGGUCCUCAGAUCAACUUCAUUAUCGGACAUAAUGGAAGUGGGAAGAGCGCUUGUCUUUCGGCCAUCACUGUAGCGUUGGGUGGUAAAUCGUCCUCCACUGGACGCGCUAAUGGCCUCAAAUCCUUUAUCCGUGAGGGACAAUCCGUCUCCGAAGUGACCCUUGUCCUGAAGAAUCAGGGAGAUGAAGCUUAUAACCACGACAUAUACGGUGAUAGUAUCGUUAUCACUCGUCGCUUCACCAAGGACGGAGGGUCGUCCUACAAGAUCAAGAGCAGGGACGGUCGCGUCAUUUCCACGAAACGGGACGAGCUGUCCAAGAUAUGCGACCAUAUGAACAUUCAAGUGGACAAUCCGAUGAACAUCUUGACGCAAGAUGCUGCUAGGCAGUUCCUCAGCGCGUCCUCUCCAAACGACAAGUACAAGUUCUUCCUCCGCGGCACGCAACUCUCCCAACUCAGCGAAGAAUACGAGCUCAUCAUGGAGAACAUCUCGUCCAUGUCCAAAGUGCUCACAGCCAAGAAAGAAGCCCUCCCAGAUCUGGAGGAACGAUUCACGGAGGCGACGGCCAGGUUCGACGAGGCGAGCAAAGCGCGUGAGCAGAAGCAGAGGGCGGACGAUCUGAAGAAGGAGCUAGCUUGGGCGCAUGUCGCUACGAAAGAGGAGGAACUCCGUCAGAGGGUGUCAGAGCAUACGAGGUUGGAGGCCAGACUUCCUAGGGUUGAAACAGCCCUUGCGAACGCGGAGCAAAAACUUCAAGAGACAACUGAGACCGUAAGGGUCAAAGAGGAAAUCCACGCUGGCCUUGGUAAUGUCACACAUCUCCACGACAGGAAAGCCGAGAUCGGAGUACAGAUCCGCGAGAAGACCAAGAAGCUCUCAGAGAAUGUGAACGACCAGAAGAACCUACAAGGCGACCACCGCAGGGUCAAACGCCAGAUCGAAGAGCUCACCCACAGGAUCGAGACCGAGAACCAGAAGAACGCCGCGAACUCACAAGCCAAACAAGACGACAUUCAGACCCGGCUCAACGCCGCGAAGGACGAAUAUCGUCUUGCUGAAUCCCGCCUCCGGGAUCUCGAAACCCAGGGCAAAGAUCUCGAAGCCACCGUCAAUCAGCUGCGCGCUGUCCCUCAGCAGACUGCGUACGAGAUCAACCAGGCUAAGAGCCGCUUGGACGAGUGCCAGCAGCAAAUUCAGAGGUGUAUGGAGCAGCAGAAGAAUGCGUUGGCGCCAUACGGAAAGGAUAUCAAUAGGGUCUUGCAGGAGGUGGAAAGGCAGAGUUGGCACGGCGAGGUGGUUGGCCCUCUGGGCAAAUACGUUACUGUGAAGGAUAUGAAGUGGGCGCCGUUGUUGAGGACCCAGAUCGGGGGGAUGAUGAGCAGCUUUGCGUUGACGGAUGGAAGGGAUCGGCCACAGUUGAGCGCGCUGUUGAAGAAGUAUGGAAACCCUCAGAUCAGCAUUAUUGUCGCGAAACGCGACCUGUUUGAUUACAGUGCAGGCGAGCCUCCCGCUCAGUACACCACGAUCCUUCGUGCCAUCGACGUGGCGGACCCCUACGUCCUCCGGCUCAUGAUCAACUCGAGCCGUAUAGAGAAGAUCAUCCUCGCCGACACGCGUAAGAUUGCCGACGACAUUCUGAGUCAGAUCCACGGAGGCGGAAUGGCCUUCACGAACGAUUUCUACAGGGUUAACCGUGCCCAUGAUGGAGGAGGGUCUACUCCUUUCAACCCCCCGAGUAUGAGGGACCCAAGGAAUCUGUUGUGGACGGGCAAGGAUCCGGCUGCUCAGCUUCACGAUUGGCGGCGCAAAUACCAAGAGACCCAGGAGGAGAUCCAACGUUUGGACAUCAAAUAUGGUCAAGAUGACCAGGAUUUCCGGGAUGCGCAGAGGCGGUUGAACGAUUUGAGGACUCAAGCGAAGAAAGCGUACCGCAUCAAAGACGAAGCGAGGAACAGGCGGGACGGACUGCAGGUUGAGCUCAACGACUGCAUGCCUGCUGAGAAUGCUGGGCUUGAGGAGGCAAGACGCGACAUGGAAAAAGAGAUCGAGGUCAUUCUCGAUCAGUUCCGAGUCUUGGCCGAGCAGAAAGAGCAGAUCGACAAUGAGCUCAAGCCUCUGAACGCCGAGACAAGAGCGCUUAGAGACCAGAUCAGCGCAUUUGAUGGGCGUGCACAGGAGGCCAAUAACGCGGUCAUGGCCGCAGUCGAGGACCGUGUGCAGGCACAGGCCAAUCAGAAGCAUUGGAUCGGGAAGCUGAAGGAGGAAAACGACAAGGUAGAGGCAGCACUAGGGCGGGUGAAAUUGGUGCAGCAAGAGUUUGAGAACUGGACGGAGAAAGCAGAGCAGUUCUGUGCGCGGGUGGAGAACCCACGCUCGGUGACUGAAGUUGAGAGGGAUUUGAACGCAGUGCAGAAGGCGUUGAAGGAGAGGGAGAAGAAACACGGAGCCUCGGUCGAAGAGAUGACCAUCGAAGUCAACAGGACUCAUGCUGCUUGGGAGAGUGCGAAGAAGGAGUAUAAUCAAGUCGUUCGGUUGAACAGCGCUUUGAAGACGUCUUUGAAGAUUCGUCUGAACAAAUGGUACGACUUCCGGCGCCACAUCGCUUUCAGGUGCAAAGUCGUGUUCCAGUUCCAUCUUUCCAACCGUGGUUACUACGGCAAAGUCAUGUUCAACCACACCGAUCAGACGCUCCAACUCAAGGUUCGAACUGAAGAACAGCAUAUCGGUACGCAGCAAGGCAACCGUGACAAGGAUCCUCGUUCGCUCAGCGGUGGCGAAAAAUCCUUCGCCACGAUAUGUCUCUUGUUGGCGAUGUGGGAGUCUAUCGGCAGUCCGAUCCGUUGCUUGGACGAGUUCGACGUGUUCAUGGACGCUGUGAACAGGCGUAUCAGUAUGAAGAUGAUGAUCGAUACGGCCAACUCGUCCGAGGGUAAACAGUACAUCCUCAUCACGCCCCAGAACAUGCAGAACAUCCACGUCGGACCGUCCGUUCGGGUGCUUCGUAUGGAGGACCCUGAGCGUGGGCAGGGUACUUUGGCGUAUGGUCAAAGCGCUCACAAUUAAUCCCAGUGUCCUUCAAGCUGUCAUCUUGGUUCCGUUUCCUACGACUCUUCUCUGCGGUCUCGCUAUUCUUUAUUUCUGACAUGCUAGUAGAAAUGUGCUAACAUAAACUAGACCUCUUUACUGCUCAAUGCUUCUGAAUCCUUCCGCAUACUUAUAUGUAUUAUUCUCCUUCCCCUUCCUGCGUAUCUUCGUAGAAUCUCAAUGCUGGUGAUCAGUGACUGUAAC